GGAUAUUCUCAACACGCAGGGUGCCGAGGUGUGUUGUUCAGUUGUGUGAAAUUCGAGACGAGGCGGAUUCGAGGACCGGGGACCAACAUGAUUGUGAGUACUGGUAAAAUUCGAUAAAAAGUAAUUUGUUUGAACUCUGAUUUAACUAGAAAAACUGGCGACCUAUUUUCGUGUGGGUUAAUCCGUCCCAUACCACCUGUAGCCACAGGCCUGUGACGAAGAAGGACAUGACACUGGUCCCGCCACGCUCGCCCGUUCGUCUGCUACGAUCCGUCUUCACGCGGUGUGAUUACUGUGCCCACUGGAUUGGAAAGUUUAUGUUAUACGACGGACGGGGGUCGAUAAUGUUUUAAACACACUUUAAAAUGUUUUGAAAUUCGGUUUUAUUUUGUGUUGUACUUAAAGGAGUUGCAUUUUCGUUUCUGGAUUCUUAUAUUGUUUUUAGAACAAAUUUAGUUGACUUGUGAAGAUUAGUUCUGGUAGUUUUGAAAACUUACCUGUUGUUCAGUGGACUGUUUCGGUACAGCGUAUCACCUGGUAUUCUCAGCCGCUGAGAGAAUGAGGAAGCACUCAGGGAAGCAGGGGAAGAGGGGGGUGCCCGUGAGCCCAGCCAAGCGGGGCGGCGGCGAUGACAGUAGAAGCUCGCCCGCCAGUGAGUGCGCAUCGCCGCCCGUCGACUCCAUGAGCCGUGUCGCAGAUCCCAAACACAACAACAACAACAAUACCCACGAUGUCAACAGAGAGCGGGCGUAUUCCGUCAAGUGUGAGAUCCUGCAGCCGGAGACGAUCGUUCACGUGAAGACGGAGAUUCUCCAGGCUGAGUACUUGCAGCAGUUGAAGAGGCAGCAGGAGCGAGAAGCCGAGGUGGCGAGACGGCAGCAUUACGAGGACCAGAACAGGUCCAGCUACCACCGCGACACGUCCAGUCCGGAGGACGAUGACGUCAGGUCUGCCCAGCCGUACACCCUCCACGAACUGCCGUCCCAGCAUCCUCUAAUCAUCAACCCCACCCAGACCGGGUCGUCCCCGCCCCCCAUGCUUGUGUCCGCCACUUACCUCAGCAGUCAGAACCCAGCCCACAUGACGGGUUCUACUACUCACCUCGUCUCGUCUGGGAUGAUCCUGGGCCAGCAGAUGUACGUCCCAGACGACGCGCACAUCUUUCGCGGAAAUGACCCUCACCUUCGCGCAAGUGACCACAACCUACGCGAUGACCUCAACAUGGUGGAGGACUUGUCCGGGACGUCACGGAUUUCGUCCCUGGUCGGGCAGCACCCUGGGAAUAUUCCAGAACAGACCAUGUUCGAGCACCAUCUCCUGGCCCAGCAGCUGGCCGAGAUGGCGCAGCCCACAAACCUGACCGUGCUCACCAACGUCAGCAGCAGCUCUAUGAAGAACAGCAAAGAAAAAGACAUGAUCUACGCCGCCCAUGAGGAGUUUAUGCAGCAGCUGCACCACGUCAUCCGGCACAAUCCCAACAACAGCAGCAGCAACCACCAUCAUCAGAACAACAACAACAACAACAACCAGCAGAACGACAGCAACAAGAGGAGGGACAAUGAGGGGGAGGACAAACAAGGCAACGAUCAGGGUCACGGAGGUGUUAACCAACUUGGUGGGGUCUUCGUCAACGGCCGGCCUCUGCCGGACAUUGUCCGGUCAAAAAUUGUGGAACUUGCUCACGCCGGCAUUCGACCUUGUGAUAUAUCCAGACAGCUCCGGGUCAGCCACGGCUGUGUGAGCAAAAUUUUAGGAAGGUACUAUGAGACUGGCUCCAUCAAACCUGGAGUUAUCGGGGGCUCCAAGCCCAAGGUGGCGACGCCUAUGGUGGUCAAGGCCAUCACGAAGUACAAGGAGGAGAACCCCACCAUGUUCGCAUGGGAGAUCAGGGAUAAGCUGCUCAGUGACAACGUGUGUACGAGCGACAAUGUGCCCAGUGUUAGUUCUAUCAAUAGAAUCGUGAGGAACAAAGCCAACGACCGCGCCAAGUCCACCAGCCCCCACACACAGGACGGCGGCUCCCCGUGUUUGGUCAACGACGGGAGUCUGGGCGUCCACCCGUCCUCCUCCCCGGGGAUGGAGGGGGCGCAGAGGGGAGCCGCGGGCCCGAAUGGAAGCGGUAACGGAGCCGGAGCCGCUGGCGGCUUCAACAUCAGCAGCAUCAUGAGCGCAGGGAACAACAACAACAACAACAAGCGAAAAGGCGAGUCGGAUACAGUUCAAAAUGGCAUGCGUGAAAACCAGGACUCAGUUUCGAUGCGCUGGUACGAACCACCUUCGAAGAUGUCCAGACCGGAUGACGUCAAUCCACUAGAUGCCUCCCCCGAGGAUAUCCACUACUACCACCGCGGGCCAUCCACGUUAUCCCUCCCCUUCUCCAGCAACCCCUCCCUCUCAGGUGGCGACAUCUCCAUCAAGCAGGAGUAUCACGUGACGCCUUCACGGACCUCCGGGGAACCUCACAGCGGAAGUGGGGCCGCCUAUCCUAUACCCAUUCUAAAAACACACCGAGGCAGCAGCACCUCCACGCCCACCUCCUCCCCACACUCGGGCACCGGCGGCAACGACAACAUCGGCGCCCCACACACCCCCACCAACGGCAGAGGCAAUAAAGAUAUGAGCCCCUCCCCCAACUCCUUGAAAGACGGUCAAGGUCAAGGCAUCGUGUUCACCGAACUGACCCCUGUCCCUACGGCGUCCGGCAACAGCUACCUCCCGUUGCCUUCCAUUGGUCAGUUUUCAACCCCGCCCAUCUCCUAUGGCGGGAAUGCCUCAGCUUACAGCCAGGCAGGGAUCAGCACCUCGGUGCCGCUGCCCGUCCUUCCCCAGGUGUACAACACACAGGUGUCGGACUACGCCACCUACACGUCUACCGCCCCCUACUCUCAGUAUGCAGGAACCCCCUACGGUGCUGACCCCUCCUGGAACCUUCGGCAACACGUCAUAAAUCCAUACAACUACUACGCGCCGAGCAUGCGCUCAGACCCCGCCUCUUCUGCCGCGUCACCCACCAAAACAUAAUGACGUAGGCACCUACACGUCCUUGACCUACAUACAUCGCUUCAGCAUUCUCCAUGUUUGUUAAUGUGACCUCUGACCUUGCUCUCUACACGAAUGGUCCAAGACGCGACCUUCACCUCUACAGAGAGCAGACGCAGGAGAGAAAUAUCGAGAAUGAACUUGAAAUCUUUCACUGAUGGCAUACGAUCGAUCUCUGAUUAUUCAAAUUUUAAGGUCACUUAAAAGAAACGCAAUUUACAAUUUUAUGUGUUUUUUUUAGCCUAAUGUUUUUCAACAAGACGUCUUUACUUUAUUGAAGAUCAUCAUCACUAUAAUAGAUCAAUUAUAUUUUUUUUUAUUCAUUGAGGACAUGAUAUCGAUUUUUAAAUUUAAGCAAGUUGUUUUGUGAAAUAACAACAACCGAAUGCCCCCACCUAGUUGGGCCGCUUUAACGGAAUUGGUGCCUACAGUUGUAGGCGUGUUGCAAGUGGGAUCAGCCCAGCUUUUGGAGUGGUUAUCAAAUCUUCACUGAACUUGAUGCGGCGAGUGUUUAUCAAAUCUUCACUGAACUUGAUGCGGCGAGUGUUUAUCAAAUCUUCAAUGAACUUGAUUCUUCGAUAGACACUUGAAGAGUGUUGAGUGUGCUGACGUCAUCACACAUUGAUUUUUACGAAACAAAGACGGUACAAGAUUUUUACAAAUUAGAAAUGUAAUACGUGGACUUAUCAAAAUACAAUUUUUCUCGUGCUAGCAACGUAGCACACAGGGUCCCUCGGCACUUUGUGGUCGUGUAGCACAACAUUUAGAAUGUGUGAUCUUGAGUGCGUAGGAUCUUCUGCUUCUAGCAAAAGUGAUCCAAUGACCCAUAGGGUCACCUAGCACCAGUGAUCCAAUGACCCAUAGGGUCACCUAGCACCAGUGAUCCAAUGACCCAUAGGGUCACCUAGCACCAGUGAUCCAAUGACCCAUAGGGUCACCUUGCACCAGUGAUUCAAUGACCCAUAGGGUCACCUAGCACCAGUGAUCCAAUGACCCAUAGGGUCACCUAGCCCUUGGAUUGUGUAGCAAGCACGGAAUGGUGCGGCCAAAAGAUCUUGUUUCGCAUGACAGAUGACUCACAGACGUGAUGGAUGACAUCACGUGAUGGAUGACAUCACGGCAUGGAUCACACACGUCAUUAGCAUGAAUCUCACUUGCAUAUAUCGUGAAACUCUCAUUCUCGGCUGAAUGAAAAAUUGCGCACCAGAAAAAAAAAUGCACACCACUGAUUGUGUUGUGUCGGUAUCAAUGUUACAACAAAUGACGUACAUGCCACCAUUUGUGAACACAAUGCUGCCAAAUGGACAUGUGAUGACGUAUCAACAUGUGGAUUAUGAUCCAUGUCAAUGACAGUCCGCAGAUCUGUAGACGUCUGCUCUAAAAAAAAACAUGGCGUCUCAAACAGCUCAACAAAAAAAAAUGUUAUGAUCACUUUUGAUUUGUAUCUGUGUUUAUAUGUUUGAUUAUUUUUAGUUACACAAAGAGUAUCCGUAAGAAUGUGUAAUCCAUGUUGCACAAGUAUGAAUGUUAAUUAACGGAUUUAGUUAACGAGGUAUAGCAGUAUUGUGUGAAAGUACAUGUAUUUUGGUUUUGUUAAUUAAAAUAUUCUCAAGUAAAAGCUUGUUAGCACAAAGAUCACGAUUUUUUAUUUUAAAACAUUGUCAAAAUUUGAAUUUAGUAAGUCUCCGCAUAUAUUGUUGAAUUAGAGUUUAUAAAUAUUUGUAUUAUUUCUAUGACUAUUAGAAGGUCUUGGUUUUUAUGAAAGGUCUACCUAUCCUUAUUGUGAAGUUUUUAGUAAAAGAUCGGACGGUGAGGUCUAGGUUGGUGGAAGGUCUGACCUCUCCUGGACGUAACAGCUACACAAAGACCUAACUAGCCACAUCGUUACACAAAUAGGUCCUUACAUCACCAUAAACAUUUUAAGGCUUUUCCUCAAAAAACAAACGAACAACGGGGUGGGUAUUUAGAUUUAUGUUGUUUAUGGAUGGGUGGGUGGGGGUAUUUAAAUGGAUGUUUAUGGUAUGGUAGAGUAGGUGUAUGGGGAUUAUGGCUACUUUUAUUUCUUUGCUCAAUUUAGAAAUAUAUAUAUUUUUACGUUUAUAACUAUUUGUAUAUUUAAAAUUUAAUUUCAUUGAACUUUUCAUUUUGAAUUUUUUGUAUGAAAUAAAUAUUUAACUUGUGUGGUUGAUGGCUGACCACUGAGACCACGUGAUUCAGAUUUGGAAAGAUAUUUUUUGUUCAUUAUUUUUACUUUCACUUUAACACUGCUGUAUAUUUACCAUAUAAAUAUAAAAGAAAGAAUUCCUAUUAUUUUAUUCCUAUCCACCAUUUUGUGUUGGAUUUUGUGUUUACAUUUAUCAAGUUUGAUGACUUUUAAAUGCAGUUAUGUUUAUUUUUUUCUAUUUUAGAAAAAAAAGAAUGUAAUUAAAUUGUCAUUAGUAAUCAACAGCUAAUAACAACAUUUAAGUCUAGAUUUGAAUCUAAUUCUAAUUGGUAUUCGAACCCCUAACUAAAGCUAGGCUGGUACUAGGUGUUGGUUCUUAGCUCUUCACAACAAAGUGUUAGCUUUUUUAAUGUCAAUCUGAAAUCCAAGUUCUUAUUUCCUAGGUGUCACCAUGGUAGGGUGUGGAGCCCCCCUCAAGACUUCCUACCUGUGGGCAAAUCUGUGGAGCGCCCCUGUUUACUUCCUACCUGUUGUUUAAUGUAUACAGCGCCCCUGAAUACCUGUGGAAUUCUGUCUUUAUACCAAUGUUGAGAUUUUCUUCUUUUCUAUAUACGUCGCGGAAGUGCGUCUUACUUUUAAACUUUUAAGCCGACGCCUAAAUUCAAUCCUAGAUUUGAUCCUAGAUUCUUGCAUGGAUUCGAUCCAGGAUUCGAUCCUAGAUUAUCGACUGGAUUCGAUCCUAGAUUAUAGUCUGGAUACGAUUCAGGAUUCGAUGCUAGAUUCUUGUUUCUAUUCAAUCCUAAAUUGUCGGCUGGAUUCGAUUCAGGAUUCGACCCUAGACUAUUGUCUGGAUUCGAUCCUGGAUUCGAUCCUAGAUUCUCGGCUGGAUUCGAUCCUAGAUUCUCGCCUGGAUUCGAUCCUGUACUCCAGCUUGUACCUUCUCUACAUCCAUGCACCUAUGUUAUUUAAACGCUUUAAGGUUCCCUGUUGCCCACGAAAUCUUGCCAAUCUUUAUCGGCCCUAUUAGGCCGUCUGUUAGUGUUCAUUCAUACUACACAGCCCCUUAUUGAUGAUUAAUUCUAGCAUUCUUAAUGUCAUCCACUUUUUAAUUGUAAAAAUCGAUUUACACACGCACUGUGAUGUCAGACGUAAAUGACAUCUGAAUGUCAUACACUUGUCAUGUGCUUAUAUUACAGAUGUACUAUGUUGAUGUUUGAAUAUGUAUGUAUUGUUAUAGACCAGGUAUUUAUACAUUUGAUAUUUUUUCUAUGUGGGAACUUGUUUUGGUUUAUGCUAUGGCAUCCUGUCACGUGAUGUACACAACAAUAUAUUCUUUGCAUAAUGUCCCUGAGGAAAUAUGAAUAAUUGAUGGCAAAUUUUUUGCAUGUUUACAUUACAAUAUUUGUCAAUGAAUUUUUUUUAGCAUUUAUUUUCUUGCAUUAAUGAUAUUCAUAGCAUUACUGUAAUUAAAACAUUGACACAAAGGCCCUUUUCAACAUAGAAAACACACCGUGUUUUAAUCCAUAUAACUCUUUCUUUUUAAGUUGUUUUAUUAAGAAAUUUUUUUUCUUUUGUUAUUAAGCAAAUAAAAGUUUCAAAAAAUGCAUACAGCGUAUAUUUACAAAGGGUAAUUUGGGUAAAAAAAAUAUUUAUUUUGUGAGAUAUUAAUGAGCUAUAAAUAACUUCGGUAAAAUCCAAACCUAGUUGAAAUCCAUUUUUCCUUACGGCGACUUUAUUCGGCGGAGGUGUGGCUAACGUCACGCCCCCCAAUCCCACCAUCCUCUCUGCUCAAAUUUAUAAAUAACUAUAUUUUUUUUUUAUCAGAGUGAUAUUUUGUACCCGUAGGCCGAGGCGGGAUUCGAACCCGCGAGGGUCACUGCGGCGUUGCUGCGGGAGUGAGAUGCUCAAACGUGUCUGCCACGACGGCGUGGCGUCAGUAAACAUAGGGGGCGUGGUUGCCCCCGUGUGUCACGUGUUAAUAUUUUUACCUUCUCAAGAGAUUGAAUGGGGGACAUGAUCUCGUUGCUACAUAUUUUUUUUUACAUUUACACAAACUAUGUAAUCUUCAUUUUAAUUCACUGAUAUGGAAUCGUUUAUUGAGUUAUCUCCACAUAUUAUUACAUGGGUAAAUAGAUGUAUGUGUAUGAGAGAGAGAGAGAAAGAGAAAGAGAGAUAGAGAAAGUUUGUUAGGUGAUCAAUGUUUAGUGGUUGUCUCCCAUGUCUACUCAACAAGGUCACCUCCCUUUUGUUACCUUGACCUUGUUGCUCAUCAUGUCACCAUAAACUGACUGCCUCCACGGGACAACUUCAACCAGUUGCCUCCCAUCCUCAUACUGCUCAGUUACCUCCCCUUGACAACUUGGUUCCAUCCCCUUAUUGAUUUUAGCAGGAAUAUUCCCCUUAAAAUGGUUUCCUCCCUUAUCAUUUUAACCAGUUUAUCUUCCUUGCUUGCUAUCCCAUUCACAUUUCUUUACUAGAAAGUUGUUAAUUUGAAGUAUUCUAAUUUUAAAAAUCCAGGUUUAUUUUUAGAAGUCCCACUGCAGUUUCAACCAUUUUAUUUUCAUGCUCAACUUCCGCCCUAAUUGUAACAAAUAAAAUCUCGAGAUAACCAAUUUGUUAUAUGAUGCAGUAGUAUCGCCGCUGUUUACAACAGUCCCUUUAAACUCCAUGACAAGAUCUGUUGAGUAAUCCACUUGUUCUGUCUGUGUGUGAUUGUGUUACCCAUAACAGUUGUGUUUUUUUUUUUUGUGUGUUUUAUGAUACUCGAUUUGAUGAAUCCAAUUUUUGCCAUUUGUAUUUAAAUUUAUUUUGAUUUCAUUAUGACAAAGUAAAUGUAAAAAAUAUUUGAAGAAUUAAAAAAUACUGAGUUGUGU